AUGCCUUCCGAAAGCGCCUCUAUUCCAUCGGCCAAAAAGGCACCCUCUGCUCCCAGGACCGCCACCGAGGACCUGCCCGUCACUGUGAAGGUCUUGUAUGAAGGCGUCAAUCAGCGUUUCGGUUUCGUCCUCCGAGAUGUUGGCGUGAGCACGCUCGAGAUCAAGAUUCGAGAGUUUCUCAAGAUCCCCGUCAACGUCCCCGUCCUCCUCGAGCGCUACUCCGAUUCGGCUGCCGCUUACGUCGUCCUGGACCCAAGUAACACCUCCGUCUACAAGCAGCUCUACAGGGCAGCCAAGGCCAAACAGAAGCUCAAGCUCCGCGUCACCGUUCAGCGGCUGCCGGAGAGGACCCCUCCCAGGUCUGUGACUGUGGAAGACUGCCCCGAGGUCAGCACUACUCUCGCCGCUGUUCCCAGCCCAGCUCCGCAACCCGAGGCAUACAAGCCACCAGUCCCUCCCAAACUCCCCACCGUCUUUGACGUCCUCCGAGCUACAGAGCCCAAGACGGAGACGAAGAACGAAGCACCCAAGCACCAGCUGCCCAUGACGGAUCUUGUCGAUGAUUUCGAAACUUCGCUUCUUGCGUCCCUGAUGCAAAGACACGCCAACUUGAGCGACAUCGACCACAAGGAGCCUGUUUCCAACCCGGAAGCUCCGGUGGCCCCAGAGCACGACCCUUGCCUGGGCCUCUAUUUCAGGAAUGCCGCCGGUCAGCUGCGAACCAAAACUCUCCCGACCCUCAAUUUUGCUGUGUGCUGCAACAGCUGCGACAAGACCAUCCCUGACUCUCACUAUCACUGUUCCACGUGCGAUGAUGGUGAUUUCGAUCUUUGCCAGAGUUGCGUUGAACAAGGGAUCACUUGCUACAGCGACAGCCAUUGGCUCAUCAAGAGGGCUCUGCAUGACGGCCAGAUCAUCACGAGCACCACAGAGACCAUUGCCCCUAAGCCUAAGAAGGAGGAGCCCGCGCCCGCCGACAAAGCCCGCGUCCCCAUCCCCGAGCCGUUCUUGGCGCCUCUUCCCACUCUCAACACCACAUCGUGGGCCGUCAGGACUUGCAACUGCUGCGUAAAUGAGCUUCCCGAGACACGCUUUUUGCACUGCACCACCUGUGAAGACUUUGAUCUUUGCCAUGCAUGCUUCUCCAAGGACGCUCAUGGCCACCACCCGAAGCACGCCUUCACUCCCGCCGUCGAGGGUGCCUACGUACCCAACCACCUCCAGGUGAGACUUUCCGCUGGCCGUAACCAGGUCCACAACGCCAUCUGCGAUGGAUGUGACAAGUACAUCUGCGGCGUCCGUCACAAGUGCCUGGACUGUCCCGACUGGGACUACUGCAGCGAGUGCAUUGUUAAUGCCAAAUUCGUCCAUGCCAACCAUCGGUUCGUGCCCGUCUACGAGCCCCUGGAGGAGGCUCGAGCUCGCUGCACCAGCGCCCGACAGGUCCAUUUUGGCAUCUGUUGCGAUGGUCCCCUUUGCAGCAGCGGCAACGCGCCGACAUACAUCACCGGCACCCGGUACAAGUGCACUGUCUGCCACGACACCGACUUCUGUGCCAAUUGCGAGGCUAGUCCGGCCCUGGAGCACAACAAGACACACCCUCUGGUGCAGUUCAAGACUCCUGUCCGUCAUGUCACUGUCACGACGACAGGCGAGCACGGCAAUGGCAACACCAUGCCACAGCUUGGCGACAGAUCGUUCCACCGCGCUGCGUCGCGCUCAAGCGACACAAAGUCCAUGGCGUCAGUCCAGACUGUUGUUGACGUGAAGCCAAUUGAGUCGAUGCCUAUCAAGGAGGAGGUUGUAGAAAAGAAAUCACAGCCCAAGCCAGAGGGGAAGCCCCUCUUGGAAAAGGACCUUGUCGCUGUCUUUGUUAGCGACACCAUCGCUGACGGCACCACCAUGGCCCCCAACAGCGUCUUCCAGCAGACCUGGAACCUGAGGAACGAGGGAGAUGUUGCCUGGCCGGCCGGGUGCUCUGUCAAGUUUGUCGGCGGCGACUACAUGGGCCACGUUGACUCAAACCAGCCGGCUGGCAUCUCGGAGCUCGUCUCCGCCUCCGAGUCCACUAUCUGCUAUGAGAGCCUCGCCCCGGGUCAAGAGGCACCCUUCACCGUCCUCCUCCGCACUCCUCCCCGCGACGGCAAGGUCAUAUCUUACUGGCGUCUGACGACCAGCGAUGGCAUGAAAUUCGGCCACCGCCUCUGGUGUGACAUUGAUGUGCGCACGCCCAAGGAUGAAGUCAAGAGCGUUCCUACCGAGACAACGGAUGAGGAGCAUGCUGAAGAAGCCCAGACCAGCCAGAUGAUUUUCCCCAAGCUUGAGAAGGAGUCGCCGGUAGCCAGCAUGCACCAGGACGCCAAGUCUGAGACCGCCGCCUCAUCCACGCUUGCAGAUGCGGCUAACGAGGUCGAUGAUUUCGAAGAUUGCGGACGUGUUGAUGACUGGGAGGGUUCCGAUGACGGCUUCAUGACCGAUGAGGAGUAUGACAUCCUUGAUGCCUCGGACGAGGAGUUCCUCGAGGAGCAGCAGAAGAGGCUGCGAAAGUAA